UUUUCUUUCCACAAAACAGAGUCCCCAUCUUCCCGCAGAGAGUGUGAUCCUCAGGCCUCCACAAUGUCAGCCCCUGCCUCCAGGCCCUGCCUUCCUUAUCUGCUGCUGGCUCUGCUGUUGGGACUCACAGGUGUGGCAGGUGAGCCGGAGCUGCAGGUGAUCCAGCCUGAGAAGUCAGUGUCUGUCGCAGCUGGACAGACAGCUACUCUGCGCUGCACCCUGACCUCCCUGCUCCCCAGUGGGCCGGUUGAGUGGUUCAGGGGAACAGGGCCAGCCAGGGAGUUAAUCUUCAGUUCCAGAGGGGGCCACUACCCGCGAGUGACAAAUGUUGCAGACACCACAAAGAGAAACACCACGGACUUUUCCAUCCGCAUCAGUAACAUCACCCCAGCAGACAGCGGAACCUACUACUGUGUGAAGUUCCAGAAAGGGACCCCUGAUGUGGAGUUUAAGUCUGGACCAGGCACCCAACUCAUAGUGAGCGCCAAACCCUCUCCCCCCGUGGUGUCGGGUCCCACGGCCAGGGCCUUGCCAGAGCAGACCAUCAACUUCACCUGCAAGUUCCACGGCUUCUCCCCCAAAAACAUCAACCUGAGAUGGUUCAAAAAUGGGAAUGAGCUGGCAGCCUCCCAGACCACCGUGGACCCAGAGGGAAACAGCACUUCUUACAGCAUCUCCAGCACAACCAGGCUGGUGCUGGCCCCGGGGGAUGUUCGCUCCCAAGUCAUCUGCGAGGUGACCCACGUGACCCUGCAGGGGGGCCCUCCUCUUCGUGGGACUGCCAACUUGUCUGAGGUCCUCCGAGUUCCACCCAUCUUGGUGGUUUCCCAGCAAUGCAUUGCAGAGAACCAGGUGAAGGUCACGUGCCAAGCAAUGAAGUUCUACCCCCAGCGCCUACAGCUGACCUGGUUGGAGAACGGAAACGUGUCCCGAACAGAAACGACCUCAAGCAUCACAGAGAACAAGGAUGGGAUCUUUAACUGGAUUAGCUGGCUUCUGGUGAAUUUAUCUGCCCUCACAGAGGAGAUGGUGCUCACCUGCAAGGUGAAGCAUGAUGGCCAGUGGGUGGUCACCAAAAGCCAUAUACUGGAGACCUCUGCCCACCAAAAAGGCCAGUGUACAGAUGGAAACUCUAGUGAGGCUUGUGCCACAUGAUCUGGCAUUUAAAUUUUACCUUUUGUUUUUUUUUUAUGUGAAAAGUAGUAAUUCAUGCUUAUAAUAGAAUAAUCCAGAAGUCUAUAGAUAUAAACUAGAAUUUUGAUGUGAGCUCCUUUCUCCCAAAACCCACAUUCCAGGAUGAUCAAUGGUAAGACUUGAUAUACUUGUAGAUCUUUUGACAUAAAUAUGCAUUAGCGAAAGGAAGAAGAGAGGGAGGGAGAUGAUCUUGUUGUUAGGGUCCUGCCUCCUGCUUCUUCACCUGACAGUGAUUACGUCACAAUGCCAGACCAGCUAGCCCCUCCUCUUGUUCUUCUCAACUGGGUGUGAUUUUUAUUCCUUGUAGACUUUUUCAUCAUCAUCCCAGCAAAUACCUCGUAAAACCAGAAGUAUGCAGAAGUUGCAUCGUGUCCACUAACGACUUAGUCAUGGAUGCACAUCUAGUCGCAAAUGGAAUCCACAAUUCUGUAGUCAUGUGAUUAAUGACAUUGCUUUGUCUACAAAACCAAUACGAUUACACACUUCAUAAAAUUAACAAUAAUUCCCUCAUAUCAUCUAAAAUGGAAUAUAUAUUCCGAUUUUCUGAAACAUCUACUAUAACUUUAUUUUCUGCAUCUAACUUGGUUUUAGUUCAUCUGUAAAUGCUUGAACGAGUUUUCCUGUGAAACACCUGGGCCUCCAUAAUUCUUUUGUUGAUUUGAAAAGAAUCUGAAUGGCUAGGGCUACUCAAAUUCUUCUUUCAUAUUGGAUGCUCAUGCCAAGUUGUGCUUUUGAGGAAUUCGGUCCAUUUUCUCUGAGUUGUCAAAUUUCUGCCCAUAGAGCUGCUCAUAAUAUUACCUUGUUAUCCUUAAUGUCUGUAGGGUCGGUAGUGAUAUCCCGUUUCAUUCUUCAUAUUGGAAAUGUGUCAUUUCUUAUAGUGUUUGUUGUCAAAAAUCCUAGAAGUGUUUCAAAUUUACCAAUCUUUUCAAAGAAUCCACUUUUGUUUCAGC